GUAAUACGUGCUCAUUUUUUUAUUUGCUUCUCAUUUCCUUCACCUUGAAACGUGUCAGUUUCUUAUUGGUCUUGUUCAUCUGUAGGGCCAAUAAAAAACCUUUAUCUAGUGCAAGUCGAAGCCAAAGAAAAAGAUACAGAUCUAGCUAGUUUUUUCUUCUUCUUCUUCUUCUUUUCGUUUGGAUCCAUCGAGUAAGAUCAAGAACAUGGGAAGUUACGGUGCGCUAGAGGAAUCAAAAGUUCCGCUUCUAAAACAUUUAGUUCCGAAAGUUCAAGAAGAUGAAUUAGUUGAAGAGAAAUUUUCAAGAAAAUUAUGGGUUGAAUCAAGAAAAUUAUGGGAAAUAGUUGGUCCUGCAAUUUUAGCCCGAGUUGCAUCUUUUUCAAUGCUGGUUAUAACCCAAGCCUUUGCUGGCCAUUUGGGUGAUCUUGAACUUGCUGCCAUUUCCAUUGCUAAUAAUGUCAUUGUUGGAUUCGACUUCGGUCUCUUGUUAGGAAUGGCAAGUGCAUUGGAAACAUUAUGUGGGCAAGCUUAUGGAGCCAGAAAAUACCAUAUGUUAGGAGUUUAUUUGCAGAGAUCAUGGAUUGUUUUAUUCUUAUGUUGCCUUUUGCUUUUGCCUAUCUAUCUCUUUGCUUCUCCAGUUUUGAAGCUAUUAGGUCAACCGAACGACGUCGCUGAGCUCUCCGGAGUUGUUGCUAUAUAUCUGAUUCCACUUCACUUCAGUUUUGCUUUUAUGUUUCCAUUACAGAGAUUCUUGCAGAGCCAGCUUCAGAAUAACGUUACAGCAUUGAUAUCUUUUGUUGCUCUUGCGGUGCAUGUGGUCGUGAGUUGGCUGUUUGUUUAUAAGUUUCAGCUCGGCGUCGUCGGAACCGCCAUGACUUUGAAUUUUUCGUGGUGGGUUCUUGUUCUUGGGCAUCUUGGUUACACCAUUUUUGGUGGCUGUCCGCUUACUUGGAAUGGUUUCUCCAUGGAAGCUUUUUCUGGUCUCUGGGAUUUCACCAAAAUCUCCGCUGCUUCUGGUGUCAUGCUCUGCUUGGAGAAUUGGUAUUACAGAAUACUGAUCUUGAUGACUGGGAAUCUGAAAAAUGCUGAGAUUGCAGUUGAUGCCUUGUCAAUCUGCAUGACCAUCAAUGGCUGGGAGAUGAUGAUCCCACUCGCAUUCUUUGCAGCUACCGGGGUAAGAGUGUCAAAUGAGCUAGGAGCAAGAAAUGGAAAAGGGGCAAAAUUUGCAACAAUAGUAUCGGUUAUUACAUCACUUAUAAUUGGAGUUUUAUUUUGGGGUUUGAUAAUGUUGUUUAAUGAUCAAUUGGCUUCAAUAUUCACUUCAAGUGAACCUGUUCUUCAAGCAGUUGACCAUCUCUCCGUUCUCUUGGCCUUCACUGUUUUGCUCAACAGCGUUCAGCCGGUUCUCUCCGGGGUGGCUGUGGGAUCUGGAUGGCAAAGAUACAUAGCUUAUAUCAACUUAGGUUGCUAUUAUUUGAUUGGUGUUCCGCUCGGAUUCUUAAUGGGUUGGUUUUUUCACUACGGAGUUAUCGGAAUAUGGGCUGGAAUGAUUUUUGGUGGAACAGCAGUCCAGACCUUAAUAUUGGCUAUUAUUACUAUUCGAUGCGAUUGGGAGAAAGAGGCAGAAAAGGCGAACAUGCAUAUAAUGAAAUGGUCCGAGGUUAAGUGAGGAGGAACCGAAUACGUCGGUAGAGAGAAUAGGCAUACAUAUGAUUUUUAUCAUUAAUUAUUCUCGGCUUGUGUUUGGUUCAAAUCUAAUAAUAAUUCAUUUUAAAUGUAAAUGAAUUUCUAUUAAUGUAUUUGUAUAAAUAAAUUUUGGUAUCAGGCAGCACAUAUAGUUUAUUUAA